CACAGCGUACAUAACCUGCGCAAUAGUCGCGUUGGGGCUGUUCGAGCUGAUGCCGCUCCUCGUCACGAUCUACUCCAUCAACACCAGCGACACCGCUCAGUACGAGUUCCCGGUGCAAGUGUACUUCUUCUGCUGGCUCACCAGCCACUACCAGUACGCGUUGGCGUACUCGUACUUUGCGUUUACGUGUACAGCCAUACACAUGUGUAUCUACAUAUCGUGUGACUUCGUGUUAGUGGCCCUAACUUUCGACGUAAGCGCACUACUCACACUACUACAGAACGAUUUGAGAAACAUUGUACACAACAAAGACAGGGACGAAAGUUGCGAUGACAUAAGAAGUAUAGUUGUUACACAUCAAAAACUUUUGAGACUCACAAAACGACUGGACGACAUUUUUGGCGCAGUUAUUUUCACGCAGGUGUCGUUUUCCUCCGUGGUCAUCUGUUGCUUUGGAUUUUUAUCUGUGAUAGACAACGGACUUCCCGUAGCCAGAAAUCUGACGGCAGCCCUCGGGAUUAUGUUUGCGAUAUUCAUUCUGGCUUAUCCUGGACAACUUUUAGCUGACACUAGUUCCGGUGUCGCUAGCGCUGCAUACGAAUGCCUGUGGUACAACAGAUCUGUGAAAUUCCAGAAAUACAUCGCUAUUAUACUAGCUAGGGCUCAGAAACCGUGUUUUUUGACAGCGAUGGGCUUCGCAGAGUUGACUCUUGCUAUGUUUUCAAGGGUAUUGAGUACGUCGUGGUCGUACUUGAGUCUACUCAAUCAAAUGUAUCAAGACAUGGAGUUGGAUUAAUCUACAAGGCCUUCGACAGAAACUCCAAAAUUAUUCAACACUUGGAUAUUAAAAAAUACACCAUAUUAAG